UCCAAAAUCAAAAGCCGAUUUGAUGAAAUUCGAUGUGAAGACGAUCGUCAAGGACAAGAGAUUCUGGGUCGCUUCCUUCCUCAUCGUCUGGGCUGCUGGUCUUCAGGGUCACAUGAUGUGGCUGCAGAAGCAAGAAUCUUUCAAGCAGAAAUUCGGAACAAUCGAUGAAGACGAUCACAAGUGAUUCAUGAGUUUAUAUGUCUUUCUUGUUUUUUUUGUAUUUGUGAGUCUUGAGGAUAACUAGAUUUAUAUGAAAUUUAAUCAUACAUUAUUACUCUG